AUGUUGAACCUCAGCGAGCAGACACCUCCUCACCCCCUGUCCUCCAGGGCCCCUGAUGGUCUACUGCAGCCUCUCUGGGACUAUCUGCUCCGGCACCAUCUGCCCCUCAUCUCAUCUCCUUUUUUUCCAGUCCUGCUCGCCUUUUCCACCUAUUUCUUCUUCAGUAUACCUUUCGCUGUGCUGGACCUAUUGGGAGACAGAGUGCCUUUCUUCUAUCAGUACAAGAUCCAACCCAACAGGCAGCCAACAGUAGGGAUGAUGGCAAAAAGCGUCAUGACAGCGCUGUAUAACCAUGUAUUCUUUGUUCUGCCUGCUGUAAUAAUUGGUAUGUUCAUCCUGCCUCUACCAACACUGCCGCAGUAUGCUCCGAGUCUGUAUGAGUUUUUCAUUGAUGGUCUGGCUGCGCUUCUCCUCUUUGACACUCAGUACUUUAUUUGGCAUGUCAUACAUCACAAGCAUCCCCAGCUUUACCGCUGGAUCCAUGCAGUCCAUCAUGAAUAUGUGGCUCCUUUCUCCUGGUCUACGGAGCAGCUCAGCAUCCCAGAACUGAUGACUGUUGGAUUCUGGAGCAACCUGGACACAAUCCUUUUAAAAUGUCACCCGCUGACCACGUGGAGCAUCACUGUUUUCAGUGUUUGGAUGUCUGUGGAGGACCACAUAGGCUACGACCUGCCAUGGACCCUCAACCACCUGGUGCCUUUUGGUCUGCUUGGAGGUGCACCUGCUCAUGACAUGCACCACCAGAAGCCAAGUAGUAACUAUGCUCCUUUUUUCAGCCACUGGGACAGGAUCUUUGGCACCGCAGUUCCUCUGAAGAAAAAAAACUGUAAGCGUAUAAAUAAGGGAAAGUAA